AUGGAGUGUAUUACAACGGCGACGACAUCUGUGUUAGUUAAUGGGUGCCCGACUGAUGAGUUUAAUCUUGAAAAGGGUCUCCGUCAAGGGGAUCCGCAUUCUCUGUUUUUGUUCCUUUUAGCAGCAGAAAGUUUAAAUGUGAUGUCUGCGUUGGUAAUGAGAGGGUUGUUCACUCCAUAUGCUAUCGGGGCGCAAGUUAAUGUGCUGGUUUCUCACUUGCAGUUUGCCGAUGAUACUUUACUAGUAGGAGUUAAGUCUUGGGCAAAUGUCCGUGCUUUGAAGGCUGUUCUGUUAUUAUUUGAAUCAAUUUUCGGGUUGAAGGUUAAUUUCCAUAAGAGUAUGCUUUUUGGCGUGAAUGUAAAUGAUUCUUGGCUUCAUGAGGCGGCCGUGGUUAUGCAAUGUAAACAUGGACGAAUUCCGUUUCUUUAUUUAGGUUUGCCUAUUGGUGGUGAUCCACGGAAACUUCAAUUCUGGCAGCCCCUAGUUGAGAGGAUUCGUAAUCGUUUAUCUGGGUGGAAAUGUAAAAACUUAUCAAUGGGUGGUCGGUUGAUUUUGCUUAAGUCCGUUCUAUCGGAGAAUGGAGGUUUGGGGGUGAAAUGGUUGAAGGAAUUUAAUAUUUCUUUAUUGGGAAAAUGGGUGUGGAGAGUGUUGGAGGAUGGGGAGAGUCUGUGGAAGGCAGUGUUAAGUGCGAAGUAUGGAGAGGUUGGUGGGAGGGUGCGGUUUUAUGAGGGGGUGGGAUCGAUUUGGUGGCGUCAUUUAAACCAAAUUCGAUCAGGUGUGGGGUUGAUGGAUUCUAGGUGGUUGGUGGACAAUAUUGUGCGGAAGGUGGGAGAUGGGUGUCACACUCUUUUUUGGGAGGAUACGUGGUUGGAUGAUGUUCCGUUAGCUGUGUCUUUUCCUAGGCUUUUUGAGUUGUCUAAUUUUAAAUUAUCUACGGUGAGGGAGAUGUUUAUGUUAGGUUGGGGGACUGAAGGGGGUGCGUGGCGGUGGAGGCGUAGAUUAUUUGCGUGGGAGGAAGGUUUGGUGGGGGAGUGUGUGGGGCGGUUGGCUAACUUUGCUUUGCAGGUUGAUGUUCCUGAUAGGUGA